AUGACAGCUGUGGUGGUGUGUAUGUGUAUGGGCAAAGACUUUGUAGGAUGUCUUCAGACUCAGACUGGAAUCUACACCAUUGGCUCUCUGGCUCUGAGGCCUUUGAACUACACCACCAGCCUUCCUGGCUCUCCAGCCAGAUGGCAGAAUGGGACUUCUCAGCCUUUUAUAAUCCGCAAAAAAAAAAAAAGAGACACUUCACCCUCAAGUUCUUCAGCAGUUCCUUCAUCAAAGGUGUUAGACAAACCCAGUCGGCUAACCGAAAAGGAACUUGCUGAGGCUGCAAGCAAGUGGGCUGCUGAAAAGCUGGAAAAGGCAGAUGAGAGUAACUUACCUGAAAUUUCUGAGUAUGAGGCAGGAUCCACAGCACCACUGUUUAUUGACCAGCCAGAAGAACCUGAGUCAAAUGCAACAGAUGGCAUGGAAUUAUUUGAAGACAGUCAGCUAACCAGUCGCUCUAAAGCAAUAGCAUCAAAAACCAAAGAGAUUGAACAGGUUUACCGACAAGACUGUGAAACUUUCGGGAUGGUUGUGAAAAUGCUGAUUGAAAAAGAUCCUUCAUUAGAAAAGUCUAUACAGUUUGCAUUGAGACAGAAUUUACAUGAAAUAGGUGAGAGGUGUGUUGAGGAACUCAAACAUUUCAUUGCAGAGUAUGACACCUCUAGUCAAGAUUUUGGAGAGCCUUUUUAGAAAAUUGCUCAGGCAAAAAAAUGUUUCUAGUUUUUUUUUUUUUUUUGGAUUGUGUAAAUCCUUAAUAUAUAGAAUUUUUGUGAUGAAGAGAAAUACUUUAUGAUAGUCGA